GUCGAAAUUGGCGAAGUACAUGCGGUCUGGUAUUGUGAAAGAAACUAGAUUCUUUUUUCACGACCUCCUGACUAUUUUCUUGAUACAGCUUUUCAAGUUCAUCAGCUUAUCGUUUGGCCACAGUUAGAUGGAUGACUUUAAAGAAAGUUACUGAGCUUCAUUAUGAGGAAAUUAUAUUUCGAUGAUGAAAGGAACCAAAUGAUUUGAGUGUCUAGUCCCAUUAAACAAAACUCGAAAAAUGAAGUUGAAUUGUGAACAAGAAGACAACAAGUAAAAUGGCUGAUCAGAUAUAUUCCAUGUGUUGGCCGCCUGAUGAUGGUUCUCCCUCAUGCCAAGCUGAUCUUGAGCCAGCAAUUGCUAUACAACCUGCACAAAGGUCCAAUACUUCAGGAACUCUACUGAAUGCCAACCAUCGUGACCUCGUUCCCAUGGCAACUGACGAAAAUCCUCCAAAUCAGAAGGGUAGCUUCAAACAACCAGGCUUUUGCGUGAAUGGUAAACCAGUUUCCUUGAACCACCUUUCGCAGCAUGGUCUCAACAUCGAGGUACCACCUGGUAUGGUACUGGCCGGUGCUAAAUCACCCUUGCUUGGUAAAGCCAUUAUUGUUACGGCGGUUGACCGCAGGUUCCUACCAACGGACGACUCGACACCCACAGUUCUUGGUUUCUCCGGUUGCUGUGUCGGCUGUGGUGAAGCGAACUUUCGCUACUUCACUGAAUUUGCCACUCACAUCAACCUGUUGUUGGCUACGCAACCAAAAAAACAAAAGCACUUGAAGUUUUAUAUCGUCAAAGAUAGCAUGGGGAGAUUGUGUCGCGGUCCUCGUAUCAUGUGGCGGUCGUCUGUGUCGGAGAAUCCUCGCAAGCGAACAUAUACCUUCUCUACAUGUGAUCAAUCAUCAAUGGACAGCGGCAUCACACCAAAAAUUAGCGAAGUUUAUCCUAUUCAACGUCAUCCAAUAAGAGAAGGCAGAUCCUCGACUAGUUCACCGUCAUCAUGUGACAGCAGUUCGUCACGUGAUCCAUCCUUUACUCCGCCUAUGUUGAAAAGAAGCAGAGAAGAAGAAACAACAUUCACUGGACAUCAUGCAUGGUUAGAAGAAGUGUGUGGUGUAAGACCCGUCCUUAUCCUUGGUUAUCCCAUCGUACCCCCGCAUUUCAUUACUUCCCACAAGGAUAUCAUUGUAUCUGAUAUGCUGUUUGAUUGCUUCAACUUCUUGAAACGACCGAUGGCUGUAGGUCGGAACCAACAUUCGCGUCCUGCUUUCAACCAUCCAGUUGAGAUUACGAGGUCAGUCCAAUCGCCUAGUGGCUAUUCCUCGCCACAGCUAUCGGUGAACGUCGUCAUCAUCCUUAUUGCGCAAUACCUGUCGACGUUACCCGAGAAUGCUACGAUUUCAAAGGAGGAAAUUCAUCAGUUGUUUCAGAACAGCAAGGAACUUUUUUGGCAAACGCAUCAAGAAAAUUCUACAAUUCAACCUUUUUUUCUCGCAAUUGAUUCAACCAACUUACUUCAUUUCACAAGCGUGGCAACCCUUCCAUCAAAAGGUGCAGUGAAACUCGUCUCGUCCGUGUUGUCCAUAGACGACGCUGUACGAAAAGGUCUUGGUUUUCUCUUUCAAAUAUCCAAACAUAACCAAAACAGGGAGAUAAAACUUCAAGUACCGCAUUAUUUACUACUCGUGUCCAGUCCUGCAUCACAGACACCAGAAUUUUGCAUUUUGGUCACUGGCGUCAACCAAUCGAAGUUAAUCCAAGAAAGACUUGUCAACGAGCAGUCCAGCUUACUCACUACAGUUCAGUUGGACGACCACGUGAGUAGCCUGAACCGAGCCUAUAACAUGGUGAACAACGCCAUUGACGAUCUUAUGAAACAGGUUGAUGAAACUAUGGCGAAAACCCAACGUAUUUUUCUUCCUUUCAAUGGAAGUUCCAUGGUGAAGACGACAAGGAAAGAAGCUUUGCUCAUGAUACCAAAAUUAACUCGAGAUUUUAGUUUUCGUUACAACGAACAGAAGCUAAAUUCGCCACAGGUUGCGUCAGCCAAUCAUCUUCUUUCCUGCGUUUUGACGUCGAAAGACGGAGCGCCCGCGUACGAACUGCGUCAUUUUACUUCAGUGGAAUUUCAUAUCGUGCUUCCACCAGCUCGAUCCUAUUUUCAUCAGGUCGUACAUCAAGUACAUCGAUCCAAUAUUCUUAUUGAACUGGGUCUCAGUCUACCGACGCAGUCGAGCAACUCCGGGUUUUCUUCAGAUCGUAUUGUAACAAAUGACGGUUCUGAGGAAACGAGGCAGAAAAUGAAGGAUUUUCUUUCGAGUGGCAAGUCCAGACCUGAUGUUCUUUUCGUUUUGGUUUGUGACGAAGCCCAUCUGUAUUUUACACCCGAAAUUGCGACUAGUUUACCAUCGUUUCAAGAACUUUCACGUUUGCCAAAUACUUUAAUCUUACUGGUCACGCCCGUUCCUUAUCUGUUUCAAACCAGCGAGUCGAGAAUACGACCUGAUAACGAGGUUUUCUGGAGUGACCCUGGGGAAUUUGUAGUUCCAUCUUCGCCGUCGGAUCAGAACUUAUUAAAUAGCGAGGACAAUCUGGUACAUUUUGGGAUGCCCGAGUACAUAGAAACUCUCAGCUGGACACACCAAAUCCCUCUGAUACGAGAAGACGACGAGUUCGAGGUCAUGGUGCUGCGUGCCAACUGUCUAAGCACUGUUCCUUCCAACAUUGUUCGUUGCUAUGUGUUAGUUCAUCAUUAUACGACUGCGAUCAUGUGGGCUGCUGGUCUGCGGUCUGUUGAACCUCAUUGUACUUUCAAAACACUUCAAGUUGUGCGAGAUAUAAUUGAGUAUCCUUUGUUGAAUACCGCUGGUCGCGGUUCCAUGUUGGUAAUCCGUAUACCGAAUCAAGUGCUCGCUUUGUGGGCUUAUGGUAAACUGAAGGAUAUACGGGACAGAGUUGGUCUUCAGUAUCGCUUCGCCAUUAUUUUCGAUGAUGGUGAAUCUGAUUUGAAAAUCGAAGAAAAUUUCCUGCUCAGAUUGAGAGUUUGGAGAUCCGUACAAGUCGAGGAUGCUGAUUUGGAGUCCGAUUGGUAUCCGACAUGUUACGAGGAUUUGCUAGAUCUUCCUUGCAUGGUUGUGGUCAGCGGCAAGGAAAGAAGCAAUGACACCUUUCCCAGAUCCUUGAAGUAUUGUGAUUUCCGUUUACUGGAAGAAACUUGUUCCUAUCGUUCAAGCUUGGAGCUAGAAUUUAAUCCGGUGUCGCGCUACAUCAAUAGUGGCUUGGGCUCUAGUUUCCAAACUACCCAUCACAAUGACUACUCGUGUACCGAAAGAGCCAAUCAUGACGACCACGGUGGCAGCGAGUCCGAGACUGAUAAAAGAAACCGGUUUUGUUCAAAUUAUCCUCUACCAGUUUUACUGGUUUCUCGUGCGGCGUAUAGCGUUCUCAAGAAAGAUUUCUUUGGUUGCCCUAAAAAUCUUAGUCUGCCGCCCGAUCCAGCCACAACAUGGAACAACGAUCAGAGACCGGCUUUGGUCAGCGGUAUGACUUCAGAGCAAUCUAAAUACUAUCGCCACUGGACUAAACCACGAGAUAGUUACUCACGUAAGGGAAAAGAAAAUACUUUACUUGACACAAGUCCUAUGAAAUUUUAUCCUGCGUGCUUUUUGUUCAGCGGUCCCCCGCAGGUUGGUAAAUUACCUGCAGUACUUCAUUUUAUACAACUGUUACACAACACACUUCAGAAACUCCAACGUGUUGACGUUUAUGACGAGUUCCCAGAAUCCUUAUCGAACCACAGCGAUAUUCCCUCCUCUGAAAUGGACAUGCCUAACUUCAAGAUUUUGUCGAAAAUUCCUUUUCAUUCUGAUCUUCUCGGUUCAAGAUUUUCAACACUUUCCACAAUUCACUCGAGUUCUAGGGGAUGUGACGUCAGCAACAGCGUCAUGCUGGAAGACACGACUCAUGACGUCAUGCCUACGUCGUCUGUGAUGAUGUCAUCAUUUCCUUCGUACGACUCCUAUCAUCAAUGUGAGGAUUGCAAGAAUUACCGCGAGGGCUUGGGCGCCAGUAUCUUCACUAAACAUACGCUCACCUUGGGGACUGGUGAACAGUUAACGUUCGUUAUUCCCGGUACGAAACGAAAUUGGUUUAAUUUCAACGAGCAAGGAGAACUGGUUAGUUUAAAGCUGCCGAUUGUCACUCGAACAUCGAAUACUGAUGGAUGGAAAAGUGCCCUUGGAAUGCAUGGGGAGCACGUGGUAAACACACCUGUUUUCAUGCCUUCAUUACGUCGUCCUGAGCAAGGAUUGCUUAAUCUUUAUCAUGCUAUGGAAGGCCGCGAGGUUGUGCAUCUCACAGUCGUGAAACAGAUUGAGGUGACGUCAUACCAGAAGGCGUGGCCAAAUCACGUGAUAGUUGGCUUACCACCGAUGUGCAAUUAUGACGGACUGGGGAUGAUUAAAGAUGUUAUUAAGGAGUUUGCCACCCAGAAUUUACUUCUAGAACAGGAGAGACAUAAGCAUAUCUCCAAGAACAUGGUGUGGCCAUUUAUUUUUAUACUAGACGAUUCCUGUGUGAUGUGGCAGAAUUGCAACGUGAAAUAUUUUAAGAGCAUGAACGAACCCGAAUCUAACAAGCUUAGUGAUUGGUCGCUUCUACGAACAAUGCAACUUGUCGAAUCAUCUCCGAGCAUUACGUCAUAUGCUCUCAUUGGAUUUAAUCUAUGGGGAACUAAUGAAAGACAGUUCAAGCAAAACUCGUAUUCCAUAUGUCACGUGUUUUCUUCAGUGUUUUUGAACAUUAGCACGACUCAUCACGUGUCUUAUAAUCGGCGUUUAUUCUCCUGGGAACAAGUGGACUUUAACCUCAAACUCAACGCCCACGGUGGUGUUGUACUGCGGUAUAAUCAUUUGAGCGUGUUGACAAAAAACAUCCCAACAGGGGGUGGGUGUCAUUACGAUGUCACGCCCCACGUUGAGAACAUUAUCUCCUUUCCUGAUCGAAAUCCUGGUCACGUGAUUCCAAUUCCCGCGCAUUUUCUUCUGGAGGAAUACUUUCGUAUAAAGUCGGGAACGAAUGUUUUUCCUGCAGCCAAUAAGAACCUUAGAAAUCCGGUUCUCUUAUUGGACUGUUUUAUUAACCUGGGACCACAUCUGACAGUGGAUUACCGCAGCACGUCGGGAUCAGUUAUCGAGGAGACUGGUGACAAACAAUAUGGUGGUCUUCUGUUGUAUUUAUGUAACGGUUGCCACGUAACAAAAGAACAAUUACGGGGCUUACGGUUUUGUCCUGGGGCGAGGAUAUGUGUAAUAAGCUCGGAUCGUAGUACACUAAGGGAUAAUGUGGUUAAAUUGGAUCUUGAGGAAUAUUGGCGGUUUCGAUUAAGAGACGAAUUUAAGACUGCGAGUAGUUUGGGAGAUUGUGCACUAUAUUUUUUGACGGGCACCUAUGAUGGUUGAGGUAUUGUUAGGUAUUGUUAUGGAUAUUGUCUAAUACGUGCGGGAUAAAGUGGUCUUAAAAAUUACUGAUAUUUGUCCCUGUGUCAAGAUUUCAAGAACUUCCAUCUGUUUUUUCUACCAAAUUUUAUAAAUAAGAGUAUUUGUUAGGUUUUCAUACAGCUUCUCACUUGUCGACUUAAUAUCUCGAAGACUUGAUAUUUCGUCUCCUGUUGGAUUGGCGACACGCCAGACUGUAAUUGCUUGAGUUUAAAAGAUCAAAACAACAAGAUGUGCAAGGAACAGGUGUUUUUUUUUUGAUAGCGUUUCCAAGACAAUGUCUCAUAUGAUCGACGAUUAUCGAGUCAUAAUGUAAUCCAAAAGCGAAUAUUGAACCUAAGUUUCCAUCAUUUUGUGGCCUGUGUUUACAUUCAAGCGGUCGCAAAAUAAAAUAAGUUGGCCAGUUGAUAUUUCGAUUGUUUUUUUCCCUUUGUAUCGCGCUGUCAAAGAUGUAUUAUUGAUGGCAUUCGCAAGUCGAAUUUGUUCCUAAUUCAAAACAUCGAUAUUAUUUUACUUUCGCCUGUGACCUAAACCAAGAAGGGCUCGAGUUUCGUCGCCAUUUUGGAUAACGUAAAAUUUGCUACGUUUCAGGGCUUUCUAUGUAAAAAACAUUUCGUUCUAAGAAUCUUGGCGCUUUUUGGGAAAGUGGAGAUGCUGCGUUUUUUCCUAUUACAUGUUGUACUUGAAUUUUGAUUCAUUGCACAGAUAAAAUGUCAGAGAUCAUGGAAGAGGCAGAGAGAUGUAGAAGCGAUGGUUUUCCCACGAAGAUUGAAGACGAUGAAACACAGUCUGAAGAGAUAAUGAAAAGAGGAGAGGAUAUUUCAGGAAUAGACGUCAAUAAUACGCAAAAAUUAUCGAACUCCACCGAUCUCGAAAAUUUUAUAUGCUCAAUUCCUUACGAAGAAGAGUUGUUCAGCCAUGACGAUUUUCAAAAAUGUAAUUUUGGAUUGAUACGCGGCCACCACAAGGAUUUGCACGACUGUCAAAAUCAGGAUCGGUUUUUAUGUUGUCAGGCAAUUGAUGAACAGCGCUUGAUUUGUAUCAAACGAAGACAUACGCCAUAUUCCUAUCAGGUCUGUGGAAUUGUAAGCGGAGCUGUUUUCCUCUUUCUUGGAUUGUUUUCUUUGUUUGCGACUUAUUUUUUUGCGUCCAAUGGCACCAGAGAGGAUUUGUGGGGCUCGCUUGAUAUUUCGUCGAUAUAUAUUCACGCUGUGGCUAUCUUUGGUUUGAGUUCUAUGGCGAUAGGAGCGGCUAUUGUUUCUCUCUGUCUACUUGUACCGUUCGUUGUCGGAAGAUUCCAUGGAAACGCAGGAUCUUCGUGGUUUUGUCGAGGAGAUCUUUACGUGAAAAAUGUCCAAGACAUGUCUCCAAGUCAAUUCUUGUAUUUUGAUUGUCCUCUCGUUGGAGAGUUUAUGGGAAAUACUGACGUGAAGAAAGUUCAGCCUCCUGCGGAAGAUAAGGAAUGAUGCCCGAUACCCUUGUGUUUUUGUCUAAAAAGACGAAAGUUCUAAUUCGAGUUCUCAUUUUCUAGUAUUCUCAGUUUUAAUGAUAGUUCUUAUAGCAAAUGUUCUAUAGUUUUAAUUAAAACUUGAAAAAGAAUGAAAAGAUAUAAUUAAGUAAUUGAUUGAUUAGACCAAUGAAUAAUUAUCAUUGUCAUAAAGUAAAUAAUACAACUGAAAAGUCUCAAUAAUGAUUGGUUUAAAGUAUUUCAAA